CUUGAAGCCUUCAAGCACCACUUGUUGCAUUGCAGGGUCCAUGUGUCAGACCAAGUCCAAGUUAAGAGCAAAUUGACAUUGAUAAAUCAGUUGUGGAUUUGGUAAGAGUUACUGGUGCAGCCUUUUCUCCAAUUUCCUAAGUCUUUUAUGGUAUCAAGAGCUUCUAUAAUCUGACGAUGUUUUUUUACCCAGGUUUCCCAUGGCCAACUCUAAUAGCUCUGCCCUUCCUACCAAUGACCAAAUUCCUCCGCUCACAAUUGACCUGAAACAAAUGUCCACUGUGGUUGCCUCAAAUUUCUCAUAUUCUUCGUAGUCAGUGAUCUUUUUGGCUACGUUGAUGGCACAAUCCUCUGUCCUCUUACGUCUCUUCCUGGUGCUGCCGAAAAUGUCGUCAAUCCUUCUUAUCUAUAUUGGGUCCAGCAAGAUCAGACAAUAUUGAGUUGGAUAAACAACUCACUCACUCCGUCUGUGUUGUCUACUGUGGCGUUGUCUCCCACAUCUCGUCAAUCUUGAGUAUCUCUGGAACAUCACUAUGCCUCCACCUCUCACAACCGCAUCCUUCAUCUGCGCAAUGAACUCAUUCGCACAGACUUGUCCAUUUCAGAGUACCGAGACAGAAUCAACUCGAUUGCAGAUGAUCUUGCACUCGCUGGCAACUGACAAUCUCAGCUCCACAUCCACACUAGCUCUGGGAAAAUAUCAGAAACUAAUGGAGGAGGAAAAGCUUGAUCUGAUCAGCAGCUUACCAUUUGAAUUACAACAGAGAAUUAUAUCCUUCCUGCCAUUGAAAGAGGCAGUAAGAGCAAGUGUCCUUUCAACUCAUUGGAAGAGCCUCUGGUCUCCAAUUCAAGUAAGCUUGAAUUUUGAUCCAAACCCAAUAAACCAUGAAGGCUCAGUUCAAGAAUUCAACCAAGUUAUGGGAAUGUGCAUGAGGUCUUAUGCUUGUCUUGAGCAAUGGAAGCUGUGCCUCAAUGUUGUUGACAGCAAUGAAGCACUGAUUCUCAAAGCCACCAAGGGGGUUGACAGAGAGCUUCAUCUGGAAUUAUUUGAAACAAAGAAAGUUUCAAGAGAUUUCAAAUCAGAGCCAACAUCAACCAGUGCUUGUUUGUGCCUUCACAGCCAUCAUCCUACACAAACAGAGAGUUUUUCUGGGGUGAAGCUUCUCCACCUCAGAUCAGUCACCAACCUCACCAAAACCCUGGUGUCUGAAGUUUUCUCCAAUUGCCAUGUCCUUGAAAGCUUGAAGCUUGAGAAAUGCAGGGGACUGGAAAGCCUUGAUGUGAAAACAGAUAGCCUGAGGAGCUUGGUGGUGGCAGACUGUUCAAACAUGGCUGCCAUUACAAUUUCUGCACAAAAUAUCAAAUCAUUUUGGUUCCAUGGUGCUCUUCCCCAGAUUAUCACCCUAAAAAACACAAGAAGCUUGAUUGAUGUGGUGCUCAAUUUGAAGGAUGGACCAAUCAGCAAUGAGUUUGACUGUGAGGAAAUUCUCUCCAUCCUUUUCUCUUUCAAGGAUGUUGAGGCUCUCACUAUAAGUGGCUGGCUUCUUGAGUGGCUGUGUUCAGCAGGAGUGAUUUUUGGGAGGCUUGAUUUCCAAUUCAACAAGUUAAAAGCAUUAACUUGGAUCGACUCCUUGAUCGACAAGGACAAAAGAGACUCCCUUGCUUGCUUCUUAAAUGCAUGUCCCUUGCUGGAGAAAUUGUUGGUUGAG